AUGGAAACACACAUGGAUCAUACGGAAAUUCCGGUGAUCGAAACCGACGAACCGUUAUUCGAUGUUCUUCCGAAGCUGUUCAACUUCAUUAGCAUGGCCGUGGGUGAUAUGGCUUACACGUUUGAGCAAAUGCUGUACGGAUCCCAAGGGCACCGCCUCAGGCAAUUGGUCCAUGCUUUAGCAGAUGAUACUCACAAUCCUUUCAUCAUUGUAGCGCUGAUGAUUCUGAAAUGGGACUUCACCACUGCCACCGAGGAUGACUGGGGACUCAAUGAGAGCCGUGGUGCAGCCUGCGAAUUUGUUGCCUGGCAAUUCUUGUGUCACCUGAACCAGCGCGAGACAAUUGAGUUUCUGUUAGAAGAGCUACCAACACCGCGGCGCGGUUCGGCAAAUUUUAUUGAACCCGAAGCAGGUAAUACUGGCCUGGCAUCUAUCCAAGGUGAUACAAGCCAAACUGAAAGCGAGGCCACUCCUCUCUUGUCAAACUAUUCUUUUUACCGUCUUUUUGGCAAGAGUACCACGAACACUCAGUUAUCUGGAACCUCACAAGAUACACAACAACAUGAGGAAAUCUAUGCCGCCCAGAGAUACUCCCGAUUUUUUGGCUUGAAUGCACUGGAGAUUGCAACGAUUGCCCAUGCGAAGAGAUUUCUGAGCCAACGAGUUGUUCAAAAGGUGGUCGAUGGUAUUUGGAAGGGUGAAAUCGUUUUCUGGGAUUCUUUGACCGUCAAUUCAACCAAGAAACCUCGUAUUUUUAACAGAAGAACGUCUGAUCCAUACUCACGCCUGAGAGUACCUCUGUACCGGAAAAUCUUUGAAGCAGCAUUCUUCAUGUCCUUCCUCUUUCUCUACUACGCAGUUCUAGUAGAGAGGAGGCAAGAGGCCGUGGGCAUCUUCGAAGCGGUGAUGUAUGUGUGGAUCGUCGCUUUUGCAUACGAUGAAUUGAGUGGAAUCAUUGAUGCCGGAGUCGUUUUUUACCAAAUGGAUUUCUGGAGUCUUUGGAACCUGAGCAUAAUUGGAGUUGGAAUGGCAUUUGUCAUAACAAGGGUCAUCGGGCUAGCAAAGGGCAACGACCCCAUUAUUGAGCUUUCAUUCGACAUCCUAUCUCUGGAGGCUCUAUUUCUUGUACCAAGGAUCUGCUCGCUUGUGAGCUUGAAUUCAUACUUUGGCAGUCUAAUACCAGUAUUGAAAGAGAUGGUGCGAUCUUCUGACCUUUUGCCCAAGUGGGAAGUGGGUUUAGGACCCAAGGCUGAUAGACAAUAUGUUUCAGACGAAAGCAUUCUUCAGGUUUUUCCCAGUGGUGGUAGUAUUGACACCGCGUCUGAAAUCUCCCCCAUCUUCGGCUAUGGCUUGAUGCUUACUUUCGCCCUCAUGACCAAUACCCUCAUUCUCUCAUCCUUGAUUAGUUUGAUGAGUAUGAGCCUUGAAGGGGUGAUGCGGCAUGCCCGAGAAGAAUACCUUUUCCAAUUGGCGAUUUACGUCCUAGAAAGCAGCAAUUCUCGACGACUGACAUACUUCAUGCCACCCCUGAAUCUUAUUCCCCUCCUCUGUAUCCGUCCCAUGCGGCUUUUUCUCUCAGCCGGAACCGUUCGCCGUGUACGAAUUGUCUUGCUUCGAGCCACUCAUCUCCCGUUUGUUGCAUUGAUAUGGGCGUACGAGUCUAAAUGGCGACAUUCCAAACGACAGAACAGCCUGCUUCCUCCAAUAUCGGCACGUCAAGGAACUUCUGGAAAUCCGACUGGUCCUCGGUGCCAGGACCCACACCACCCCUCCGUAGUUGAAACAAAUCGCCUAGGCCUUGGAAAAUCACCCAGUGUGGAUCAACAAGCCGCGCGUGAGCUAGACAUGGGGCAGUUCGGGCAAGUACCGCAGCUUGCGGACCUGAUCGACACGAUAGAACGACUACGAACUCAAGUGGAGGCUAUUGCCCAACAAAAGUGA